GAACAAUAAGUCGGCCAUAAAUUACCAGCCGCGACGCAAUCGCGAAUCAACCUCCGGAAUCUGCAGUCCGCCAUACUUACGCGGCGGUGCAAAGUAUAAGAGAGGAGAGGAGAGGAGAGGAGAGGAGGAUGUUGGAAAAUCCUACAUCCACCGCACCCGAUGCCGCCCCUCUAAUCAAACGCUACGCUCCUCCUAAUCAACGAAACCGUUCUCUCGGCCGCCAUAAGUCUGGAGAUUGGUUUCAUUGGACUAAUAAUGUUUAUGGGAAUGAUUCAGAGAAGAACCUAGGUGCCGCAUCGAGAAACAAUAAUCUGGUCGGGGAUGCUGGGAGCAGCGCUAUCCUGAAUGAAGACCUCCAUCGUCCUAUUUUAAUACCUUUAGAAGGCUGUUCUAGAAGUGAUGCUUCUCGGCUUUUAAGCUAUCGUACGGUUGGGCAGCUGCCUUACAUCGCUACCAUGAUACUUCUAUUGAUUUGUCUGAAAGACCAGUUCUGUACUCUGGAAGUAGUGAUUCAGCCUGGAGGAAUUUCAGACUUCCCCAUCAGAUGAUGUCCCCAACAAACACUACUGCACCUUCAUCUGGUUCACAGAUGGAUUUCUUAGCUGAACUACGUCGUUCAAUUCGGAAUGCCAAUACCGACAACUAACUACAGACAAAGUGUGGUGUGUGCGGAUGUGGACUUGUGAAGUACUUUAUGAACUUUGCACUCUAAAGUACCCCGUUUGUAUGUGUUGAUUAAUACUCAAAUCAAAUGUUUACUUAUUUGGGACAUGAUGUUUUUAUUGUAAAGCAUGGUCCAGGGCAUCUGCUCCUUGGACAUGUAAUUUUCAUGAAAACGUUAUGAACUAUUUAAGCUAUAAAAUGUUAUAUUACUUCGGAAUUCUAGUUCCUUUUAUGCGACAGUAGUCGGAGAGAGGUAUGUUGUUGGACUCGUACGGUUUUUGAUGAAUGUGAAUCUCUCUCGUAUCAGAUGUGA